CUUAAUACUCCGCGAUUUUAGUGUGGUUAAUGUUUGAGUGAACAAUACGAUAAAAAAAUAAAGAUAAUAUUUUUUGUGUUACGAAAGUACUUUAAAAUCAACUGUUGCCUAUGUAUAGUGUACGGUGAUUACGAUAUAAGCGAAAUUUGUCGUAAUUCGUACGGCUUUAAAUUAUACAAGCCGUAGAGGUAUAACGUAAUUUUUCAUUUGUAGACUUAAAUUUUGAAUAUAUUAUAAUCAGGAACGAGUACAACGUGAUGGACGGUGAAAUUAAAAUUGACUGCGAGUAUGAAUCAAUCAAAUAUGGUCCAAUGGCAACGCUGGCACAAUCGUUAGUAACUAUAGCACAGAGUUUUCUGUCAAUCGGAUUGGGUAUUCAAUUAGCAAUACCAGCAAUUGUUAUUCGUCAUUUGUAUGGAAUUAAUAAAAGUGAUUUCUCAAUAUCACUAACCGAGGCGUCUUGGUAUGGUAGUUUGUUAUUUAUAAUCCACCCAUUUGGAUGUUUUCUAUCGGGAGUCCUCCAAGACAGAUUCGGAAAGAAGCGUUGCAUGAUAUUUGCAAACGUUCCAAGURUCGCCGGAUGGAUUUUGCUAUACUUUGCUCACUCGUCUAUUUUUCUYUGCACGUCGGCGCUUCUGAUGGGAUUCAGCAUAGGCGUCGGCGCUGGUGCAGUACACGCCUACGUGGGGGAAAUAACAGAACCAAGACUCAGAGGAACCAUGGCUUCGAUAUUGAAUACUACGGCAUUGUUUGGAUCGUUGUUAGGAUUCAUAUUGGGUUCAUUGUUUGAAUGGCGUACUGUUGCACUUCUGAGUGCACUCUGUCCUGUAAUUUGUAUAUUGUUAAUCAUUUUAAUCCCAGAGUCUCCCAUUUGGCUAAUCGGCAAAGGUAAAAAUGAUAAAGCCAAAGAGGCCAUGUGUUGGCUGAGAGGAUGGGUGGACGAUGAAACAGUUAAACCCGAAUUAGAUACACUGUUCCAUUAUAUUGAAGUAUCUGGAACUUUUGGAACUGAAGGUAGCAAUUUCAAUGCAAAAGAUGAUGAUGGUUUGCUGUCGAAAUUAGCCCUAUUGAAGGAACCUUCGGUUUACGAACCGUUGAAAUUAAUAAUGUUUUAUUUUUUCACGUCUUAUAUAAUUAAUCUAACUCCAGGCAAACCGUUCAUUGGUAAAAUAAUGACAGAAAUCGGUUUGUUGGAUUACCAAAGUAUAUAUUUGAUWUAUUUUUCUGUUGUGCAAACGAUUGGGAGUGUGAUCUUGAUCUUAACUAUACGCCGUUUCCGAAAAAGAUUUUUGACAUUAGUAACGGUAUCAAUAAACUCUGCUUUGUUGCUGUUAUUAAGUGUAUACAUUGUCGCCAUGAAAAGCAAUUAUAUUGAAUCGAUGCAAUGGAUUCCUUUGACAAUAAUCGGUGGUAUUUACCUAUCUGGGGGUUGUGGUGUAGCAUGCAUACCCUGGAUGUUAAUUGGUGAAGUGUUCCCGAACAAGUAA